UGUAUUAUUGGUUAAAUUCUGUUUGAUCCAUAUUUUUUUUUUUUUUUAUCUUGAUUCUUGAUCAUAUCUUCAGUUUUUUUUGGUUAUUUAUAUUUCAUGGAAUUUAUUACGAAUAUUGAUUUAUUAAAUAAAUGAAUGAUUUUUUUUUAUUUGAUUGCCGAAUUCAUCAGAAAAGUCCUUAUUUUCCGUAUACAAUAUGCUUUAUUUUAUCAAACAAAUCGAAUUGAUCUCUUUACCAUAAUCGUAAAAUCGUAAUCGUAGAAUUUUUUUUUCUUUGAAUUUUGUCCAUUGAAAUAAUGAAUAUAAAUUCAGUUACGAAAACAGCAGCCGUACCAGUAUUAAAUAUGGAUAUGAUGGAUGAUCAUCAUCAUAAUCAACAUGGACAUCAUCAUCAUCAUCAUCAUCAACAUGGUAAUCAUCAUGGCCAUCAAUAUGUACAUAAUCAUCCAUCGACAGCAUCUUAUUAUCAAUCGAAUGCCGAUCCAUAUAUGACCGAAUCACAUUUACCAUUACCAAGUCCACUACAUUCAUCAACAAUAACAACUAGUCAUCAAUCUGCGAUUAGCGAUAAUAAUAAUAAAAUACAGCAACAAAAACAACAAAAAUCACUUGGUUCACCAUUAUCAACACAACCACAACCAUACUCAUUGUCAAUAUCGAUGUCACCAGCGAUAUCACCUGUUCUACAUCAUCAUCAUAAUAAUAACCAUCUAACACCAUCUCCCACAACAUGUGCAUCAUCGGCAACUGUAAAUGAUUUGAUUAGUUCUCAAAAUAACAAUAACAAUAAUAAUAAUCGACAACAACAACAACAGCCACAGAUUCAAUUUAUCAAUAACAAUAAUACAAGCAACACCAGUAGUGGUAAUAGUAAUCAUCAUUUUGAAUCACCACCAUUGACAACUACAACAUAUCUACCUGGAAAUUCAUUAGCCAGAUCAUCAUCAUCAUCCGCAACCGAUGUAGCUACCGGAUCGAUCAUGUUGAAUCAUCAUCAUCAACCCACUUUUAUCAAUGAAAGUAUAUCAACAUCAUCGACGCACAUAUCGGAAACAACAUCGGAUGCAAAUACUAAUUAUGCCAUUACACCUCCUUUACCACAACAAUCGACCAAUCUAAACCAUCAACAUCAUCAUCAACCACAUCUUGGUCACGGAAAUCAUCAUUUAUUGAAGAAUUCCACACCACAUAAUUAUCAUGGUUCAAUGGCCGGAUGGAAUCAUCAUAAUCAACAACAACACCCAAUUACCCCUGAUUCACCACUGCCAUCGUCAAAUUUGAAUGCUCGGCCUCAAUCACGAAUUAAAUCAUCAUCAUCAUCAAAUCAGGCAUAUUCAUCACAACAACAGCAUCAACAACAGUUAGAAAAUGAUUGUUACCCAUAUAUGGAACUACAGAAUUCGGAUUCAUAUCUAACAACAUCGAUAAAUCCGAUUCACAACAAUAAUAAGAACGAUGCAUCAUUCAUGGUUAAAACGGCUAUAAUGAAUCGAAAAAUUCUGAACAAUAGUACACAGAUUCAUAAUCAUCCAGAGCCGAAACAGCAGCAGCCCUUGAACUCUAAUAAUAAUCAGAUACAGCGAUCAAAAAUCGUAGACAAGCUAGCAAAUGAUGACAAUGUGAAUGAAACAAAAAAUCGUCCAUUUGAACGAAGAAAUUUAAUUAUUUUCAAAAUUAUCGAACAGCUAGUCGAUCCAUUAACAAAAACGGUAGUGAAAGAAAGUGUUCAAAAAAAUGAAGAAUUCGCUAUUGAUAUUGGUCUUACCUCAUUCGAUGAUUGGAAAAGUAAUCAUAAAAACAAUAAUAAUAAUAAUGAUAAUCUAAGUAAUGUAAACAGUACAAUGCUUAGCAAUCGAUCUCAUGCCGGAAGCUCUGGUCUUUUAGCCGAUGUUAGUUGUUUAACCGCAAAUACAAAAAGUUCAUGUUCAAAUUCAUUAAUAGAAUUAUAUGGUACAACUGAUUCAUCCAUGGUCAAUUCAACUUCAUCAAUUGAUAUGAUUGAUGAAGAUAUGAAACCAAUGGUCAAAAAAUUGGAUCAAACAGUGAAACAAUCUAAAGAUUCGAAAAAAUCAUCAGAUAAAAUCAAUGUUGAUCAAUUAGUGGAUGAAAGUAAAGAUAAGGAAGCAGCAUCGGCAUUAUUAUCAUUACAAAAGACACCGAUUAAAACACCUAAAUCAUCGACGAUUAAUCUUCAUUCAACGACAAAAGGGAAAACAGUGGCUAAUGAUCAGUCAAAAACAAUGGAAACAAAAAAAUCAAAUGAUACUGAUAAUAUUGUGAUCGAACGACUUAAACCAGGUAUGAAAAUUAUGGCCAAAUGGAAGGAUAAGAAUUUUUAUCCAGCCGAAACAGUAAAACAAAAUGAUACACAUCGAUGGAUGGUACGUUUCGAAGAUAAUGCAACCAGGAGUCUUUUUGAAAAUGAAAUCAUCCGAAUCGAACAUCUUGGUGAACCCAAACAAGAAUUAAUGGUAAAAAUAUCCGAUGAUUUAUGUAAAGCAUCAGUGGUGAAAAAGAUGGUCAAAUUUGAUAAUAAAAAUUAUCGUUUCGAACUUGAACAUUCGGAUGAAGAUGAUCGUACCAAAGUGAUUAAACAAUAUCAAUUAAAAGAUGUAUUCCUUUAUGGUGAACAAGGAACCAUACUGUUGAAUCGUUUCUCUAAACCAGCGAUGAUGGCAGCCGUUUUUGCUGAUGUUGAUCUCGAUAAUAUUGUUUCAGGUAAACGAUCACGGAGUAAAAAACAAGAGGAAAAAAAGAAGCCAUCGACGGAUAAAUCUGUCCCUUCCGAUAGUUCGUCCGAUAAUAUGGCCACAACAAAUCAGACGAAAAAACGAAAAACCGCUAACAAUAUCAACAAGGAAGAUCAUGAUCAUCAAUCUAUAGUAACAUCGAAUAAUUCGAUAACAUCAAACCGAACUUUAAAAAAUCAUAACCUUACCAAUUCAUUGAAAACGAAUCGAUUAACAUCAACAGUAGGACAUUAUCAUGAACGAUCACUAUCAUUAUCACCACCACCGAUACGAUCAGCCCGAUCAAUUGAAUUGACAAUACCGAAAAAUGAAUUGGAAAAAAUUUUUGGCCCAAUACCGAAACUCGGUUCACGGUUAUUUCAAAAUCUGGCAUUCAUUCUGACUUGUGGAAAUAAUAUCAACAACAAUAUUAACAAUGAUAAUAAUAGUAAUGGUAUGCUUGAUUCGAAUGAUUCGGAUUCUAAUCCUGAAUGUUCCACGCCUUUCGACAAGACAUAUCUGAUAAAACAGAUUAUCAAUGGUAAUGGCAAAGUUUAUGAAUCCUAUGAAGAAAUGAAGAAAUCAUCAUAUGAAUGUGUUUGUAUAGCGGACACAUAUUCACGGUCGAUUAAAUUUAUUCAAUGUUUGGCCGGUGGUGUAUCGAUUGUUAGUCAUCAAUGGAUUAUUGAGUGCUGCCGUCAGAAUCGAAUUCUUGAUCGUGAAUCAUAUAUAUUACCAGCUGGUUAUAGUAUCAUUACGAAUGCAUUAUCAUCGGAUAAGAGUACAUUCAAAAGAAGUUCGGUUCUAUUUAAAGGAACAAAAUUUUAUUUCGGUUCAGAAACGCCUGAGAAAUUGCAACAACUAUGGUCGCCAGUAUUGUUGGCUGCACAGACAACCAUUGUACCAAAUGAUCCAAAUAUUCAUAAAUCACUACAACGUGGCCAAAUCGAAAUCGUGAUUGGUGAUGCUAGUUGCCCAGCCGCUUUGGUUUCAAAAAUCAAACAGCUAAAAAUACCAAUCGUUGCCAGUGAAUAUAUUGUACAAUGUUUAAUCAAUGGCCGUAAAUUACCAUACGAUGCAUCGCCAUUGUUUUCCUACUUACAUAAAUGACACACCCAUCAUCAACUACAUACAAAAUACGCUCGACGAUUCCAUUCAAACAACACACCACGAUUCGAAGCAAAAUAAAUAAAAAAAAAAUUUCCCUCUUUUA